AUGGCUAUUUGCCGCGGCAAGUACCCCAACGAUAACUCUAGCGACAAACCAAAAGAAGACUGGCUUCCAUUUCUGAACGUGCAAANCCAGAGACAAUACGGGGAGGACUUUGAAGUACGUGUCACGAUCCUCGCGCAGGAAUCAAGAACACAAGCGCUUGAGAUGAAGGAACCAUUCGCAGAAGUUCUCUACAGUAAACCUGGACCAGCACUAUGCGCCAUCUGUUUCGUUGUCUAUGACUUCUUCCAGUUUCUGAACGAUGGUGAUUGUACACAUUCAGAACAUAUAAAAAUGCAAGAUAAGUUUUUUAACGGAGUUGUAAAGUAUCCCUCUGAUUUUAAUAUUACUACUUUUUGCGAUAAAAAUUACCAGUUUAUUCAACUUGAAAGUAUAGAUAUUCUCAAAAUGCCGUUCCUCGAACGCAUACCGAAGACUAUUCAAGAAGCCUGCCUAUUUCUAAAAUUUGUGGAACACAUACCUGCACCAGUGGUAAGCAUUUUAGGACCAUAUGAAGGCUGGGUAUGCUAA